GGGGUUCAGAGGUUUUUGGAGGGGGGUAUGUGAGGUUGGACUUGGGUGAAACUGAACUCUUUGGGUUUUCAUUCAGUUAGCAGGCACCAUGGCUCGGCUGGUGGAGUGUGUCCCCAACUUCUCCGAGGGCCGAAACAAAGAGGUGAUCGAUGCCAUCUCAGCAGCCAUCUCCAGCACACCCGGCUGCAGCCUGCUGGACGUCGACCCUGGAGCCUCCACUAACCGCACCGUCUACACCUUUGUGGGCUCUCCUGAGGCAGUGGUGGAGGGGGCGCUGAACGCCGCCCGCCAGGCCUUCAGCCUUAUUGACAUGAGAAAACAUUCAGGUGAACAUCCUCGGACCGGGGCCAUGGACGUUUGUCCCUUCAUCCCCGUCCAGAACGUCAGCAUGGACAACUGCGUGCAGUGUGCCAACGUGUUUGGACAGAAACUGGCAGAGAUGCUGCAUGUGCCCGUGUAUCUUUAUGGAGAAGCAGCUCGAACAGAGACCAGGAGAAGCCUCCCAUCUGUGCGAACAGGAGAGUACGAAGCUUUGCCUGAAAAGUUGAAACGUGAUGAAUGGGCCCCUGACUUUGGCCCCGCCGACUUUGUACCAUCUUGGGGCGCAACAGUAACUGGUGCUCGUAAGUUCCUCAUUGCCUAUAAUGUGAACCUGAUCAGCACUAAAGAACAGGCUCAUCGCAUAGCACUGGACAUCCGGGAGCAGGGUCGAGGGAAGGACCAGCCUGGGCAGCUGAAGAAGGUGCAGGGGAUUGGUUGGUACCUGGAUGAGGCUAACCUUGCUCAGGUUUCCACCAACAUUCUGGACUAUGAGGUGACGCCCCUCCAUGCUGUGUAUGAGGAGAUCUGCAGAGAUGCGGAGGACCUAAACUUGCCUGUGGUCGGCUCUCAGAUUGUCGGCCUGAUCCCUCUGAAGGCUCUGCUGGACUCUGCUGACUUUUACAUCCAGAGAGAACGACUCUUCAUUAUCAAAGAGGAGCACAAAGUCCGACUGGUGAUCAGUAAACUUGGCCUCGACUCCCUCGGUCUGUUUAAUCCAAAGGAGAGAAUCAUAGAGUACAUGGUGAAGUCACAGGAGGAUGGACAGCUGGUGUCUUUGUCUCUGCGGCAGUUUGUUCAGAGCAUUGGUGCUCGGACAGCAGCUCCCGGAGGAGGAUCAGUUUCUGCAGCAGUUGGUGCAAUGGGGGCCGCACUGGGUGCCAUGGUUGGUCAGAUGACGUAUGGGAAGAGGCAGUUUGAGAAUCUGGACAGUGUGAUGAGGAGGCUGAUUCCUCCAUUUUAUCAGGCCAUGAAUGAAUUGCUGGACAUGGUGGAUGCCGACUCCUCCGCCUUCAACAGCUACAUGGCAGCACUGAAAAUGCCAAAGAAAACUGCAGAGGAAAUGAAAAGGAGAGAAGCUGCGAUGCAGGAAGGACUGAAGCAAGCUGUUGCUGUCCCAUUGGCUCUUGCUGAGAGGAUCAGCAUCCUUUGGCCAUCUCUUAAAGAAAUGGUUGUCUACGGAAAUUUUAGCUGCAAGUCUGAUGCUCAGGUAGCAGCUAAAGCUUUAGAAACAGCUGUUUUUGGAGCAUACUACAAUGUCACGAUCAACCUCAAAGACAUCACAGAUGAAGCCUUCAGAGCAGCAACCCAGAAGAGAGCGUCAGAACUGCUGCAUGAAGCCAAAGACAGCAGUGCUGCCAUCCUCCAUGCUGCAGAGAAAAGAAACUGAAUAGACUGAAGAAAUAAAUAAAGCUGCACAAGGAAGUUAAUCUGACAUUAAUGUGACUUUAAACACUGAAGAGCUGGAUACAAUGAAUGUAUUACAAGGGAAAAUCUUCAGAAUAAAGAGGUUACUUGAAAUGGUAAAA